AUGCCAUCUUCCGAUCUUUUUGACCUUGGCUCGGAUCCGGCCCUGGAGCAGACGGCAUUGAAGAAGCAGCGGAGUGGAGAGAUGCCCCUAAAGUUCAACCGACUGGGCAGCAACCAGCAGCGGAUGCAGCAGCAUGCGAGGCCACCUAGACAGCUUGCCUAUCAUCCACGCGAGGCUCUCCAUCAAGACGUUCCCGAUAGCACUGGACAGAGGGCCUGCCCCGGACUCAUGGCAUGCAGGCGACUGGUCUCGACUCGCAGACAAGGUGAGCUGUUCGUGCCAUGCACGAUGAUGACAGCAUACCCCGCGACGUUGGGCGUCUUUCCCAUCUGGGGUUCUUAG